UCACUCGGAGCUCGACAAGACUAACACGCUAAAGUUGAAAUAUCGUCGGUUUUCCACACAUCGUGUCGCGACACUCGGGCUUUUUUAAAUACGAGAAAAACCGCGUGAGAGCAGAAUUCUGUCACUUCCGGCUUCGCGAGCUCACAGCGAUAGUUUGAAAUGGCGAUUGCUCUCGUCGCUAAUUUUCACAAUGAUCUCGAGCCUCCUUUCGCGAAGGAUGGACCAUCCAUCUCCCGAAACGAUCGUCGCUUUCCUGACGAGAAAGAAGGCCCUUUUGAAGCCGGAAGUAAAGAAGAAACCGCGAUCGAAACCGACGAAGACGACACGCCUCGCUGGAGCACGAAUCUCUUCACUCUCUACGCUCGGGUCUUCCGAAUCGUGCUCGCCAAGUGGAAAGAAAGAUUGGGACAAGCCGACGAGGAAGAAAAAGCGAAGGAACUCGACGAUCUCAUUUUACCGAGCAACGAGGAAUGGAGGUAUCAGGUUUAUUAUCGUCUUGUCGAUAUGCAACGUGAAAUUGACCUUGGAAUCGCCGACAAUAGAAUACCCAUUGGACGAAGGAUGACCGAGCAAUUGGAGAUCGAGGCGAAGCAGAGAAAAUCUUGGGACUGGGAACCGGACAAAAGGGAAUUUCCGUUGAGACCGAAAAGCGGAAACGUCGAUGCUUCGCUCGCGACUUUGGCUUCCGCGAUUUACGAUAGCAACGGCUCGAUGACCGAGGCGUGCAUCGAGCCGGGAUGGAGGGUCGGUGACAUUAUUCUCGCGGCACGUGUUCUCCAAGGAGAUUCACCAGUUCCGAGUUACAAGGACGAAGCCGAAAUGAGGAGAGUUUUCGGACUCGUUUACGACGUUUUACGAUAUAAACAAAUUCUAAAUCAAGCCCUACGAGACGUUGGCUUCUGGUAUCGGUACAGCGAGCACAUUAAUCGCGAGAAAAUCGUUUGGCUGCUUCUGUACGACAUGCAGGGAAGAAAAUUCUCUCGUCGCCGUGACGCUGCGACUCUCGAGAGGAGAGAACGCGCUUUCCGUCAGGCGGGAAUUAAGGAUAUCGAGGACGCGCUCAUCGAGACCAGAACGAGACUCGCUGCGAGCGUUUCUCGCUUGAGGAUCGGUGGAUCGGCCCUCGCUCUGGACGAGCUGCUACCAGCUCAUCUGCGAUCCGCCGAGGGAGUAAAUUGGAGCGAAGACGGAGCGUGUUUAGCUUCCGGUUGGGUCAACACCAUCAAAAUACCCAGCAGAGCGGAAUUCAUCGGUGAAAUGUCAAAGCUCGAAUUGCGUCUUUGUGCGAAUUGCAACGAGACCGAGCUCGACGAACAUCAUUAUGUGUUUGAUCCGAUUUGCCCCAAAGUCGUGAAUCUUCAUGAUAAAGCGAGAGAAAAAUUGGCCAUGUCUGACCUCGUCACGAGCCAUCGUUUCAUAUUUUUGGAAAGGUCGCUGUGCCUCGGAGCUGCAGCUCUCGCUCAAACGAUACGUUGCGGUCGACUCUGUGGACCUGUGGUCCUCACUCACACGAUAGCUCCUCGUCACACAGGAUAUUUGGCAGGACUAAUAGCGGACAUCGAGGACGCUGGAAGGCUGUUGGCUUUUGGUACCGGUCAACAGCGUCACCAGUACGAAGAUUAUUUAGGCAAACUCGGACUGACGACUCAGCAGUGUCGAGUCUUUGCUGAGAAAUACGUGGCUCCCCCACCUCUGGCUGAGCUCGAACGAGCCACUGUCGUUCUUUGCCCACCCCCGUGCAGUUACACGGGAGUAAAAGACGUGGUUGACCUGGCAGUCGCUCGGGGUGGCGACACGAAGCUUCUGGAGACUUUGACCGAAAUCGACAUCGAGUUGGAGCAACCGAAGACGCUUCUGACCGAGCAAUUAACGACACUCAAGUACGCCCUGACUCGACCAAACGUUCAACUGCUUAUUUACGAAGCCCACAGUAUUCUACCGUCCGAAACAUUCGAAAUGGUCGACCAGGUCGUUCAGCACGCCAAUCAAAUGGCCGCUGACAAGUACGCGCGUGAGCAUCCGCCCAAGAAGAUCAAAGCUUCGAACAAGGAAACUUCGGCAAAGAUGACGAGAUCGGGCAAAGCUGGAAAACGUACGCAAUCCGUGGACCAAAAAAAUGAAUCGCAAGAAGAAAAGCGAAUCGAAGACGAGGAAGAUAUGUCGACUCGGGUUUCGGCUGAUUUCGAGGUACCGGAAAGCGACAUUUUCGAAAUUGAUUCACCCCUCGAUAUUUACGGCAUGGAAUCAGCAAAGUGGCUCAACGAGGGUUGCUAUUUAGCCGUUAUAAAACGCAAAGAGAUGAUGCAAUUCAACUCAUUGUUUAUGAUCAAAGUUGCCGAAUCGAAAGGAUUGUUCGGUGAUCCUACGAAACAACGCCAAGAAUCGCCGAAAGAGGAACGAGUCGUUUCACCGGUUCGACAAGGCUCCUUGAAUUCCGGUAGAAAAGGCUUCAAACGUCCCAAGAUUCAGGUCGAUCGAAUAGCAGCUGCGACGCAUUCGUCGACAUUGCGAUCGAGUCGAAGUAAAAGGAGGGAGAAUGCGCGCGAAAAGGCUGCGUGUCCAAGACACGUACAGCACGCGACGCAGGACGAAAUAUUGUCGAGGUCUCAGGUACGUGAAGCGAAGCGCCGGGACGCUCGACGUUGGUGGGACGAAUCAGCUCAGUUUUUAUUGCACGCUGCCAUUUGCGGUACUUGCAAAUUCCGACUUUUUCACACCGACCCGCGCACGAGGAAAAUCAUUUAUCCGCCCUACGUGCACGACAUCGUGUUCGAAAAUUUGGACGACAAUAUCGAAACUGCGGUGUCGAAAGAGCGCGCGGAAAGUAGCAGGAAAGAAAAAGUUCAAUCUCCCAACUUGUUCUUCCCCCAUAAAAUCGUUCUUUCCAAUAAAUUCUACGAUAAUUUGAGGGCUCUCACGUGGAAGCACUUCAAACAGAGCUCUUCUCUCAUUCGGAAAGUUUCCGCUGCCAAUCAGAGACGCGGCUCCAAAAGUGCUUACACUCUUUGAAAAAAAAAAUCGGUCUUUGUUAUUCCCUGAAAAGCGACGAAGAGAAAACGGUGCACCGUAAAGUUACUUUCGGUCAAUAUUUGGAGUAAAAAAAAACAAUUUCUCCCAAAAAUUGCUUUCCCCGCUGCGGAAGUCCAAAAUUUGCUAAAUUUUUAUCGUUCGAGUUACUUUUUCCGAACGAUUAUGCUCUCCGUAAAAAAUCUGAAACUUGGACAAAAAUGACGUGGCUAUAAACGAAGCGAAGAAAAUCCGCGUCGUGCAAUUUUUGUGUCGCGUGAUAUAUCACGUGGAGAGGGAAGUCUUAGUUCGCGUUAUUCGAGCAGCAUUUCAACGAUUUUGUAUGUGUAGCAAGGUAGGAAUUUAUAUCGCGUGAUUCUAUGGUGAUUUAAGAGGAAAUAGUCUAUUAUAACUCUCGAUUGCAUUCUCAUUUUCGUCACUCCAACGAGUCUGGUAUGCGGAAAAAGUUUUAUGCGUUAUAACUGAAAUAAAUAAUCGGUGAAUGCCGGAGAAUCAUGAAUUUUGUCGAAAAUUUCGACCCGGUCGAUCGAAUUAUUUUUACAACAUUCGUUGAAAGUUUCAUCGUUUUCAUUCAACCUCGAGCUCGAUCAUUUUUUUGUGCGAUUCGUUGCAACACCCCGAGGCCCGAGCCAUUAUUAAUUUUCUGUAAAAUCCAAGCUCAAAUCCAAAGGAUCGUUGGACGUUUAUUCUUCUGAUGAUUAAAGGGGCGAAAAGCUCUGGAAUUAAAAUAAAAUGUUGCAACGCAAAUCUGUGGAGAAACGCUCCCUCAAACCGGCUAUCUCGCGUGCCCGGUAACAGUCGCGGAAAUGAUAAUAAUCGGGGCAAUUCAUUCAGGGCGACUUCCGCAGAGCAUAUAAAUUGUCUGUCCGCCUACCCGAGUGCAAGCUCAUAUAUUGCACGUGAUAGUUGUACCCAAUUUCGUUAGUCCAAAGACCUACUAAAAACGAUUCGAUGCGCUGAUGGUAUUUUUAAAAUCGGAGUCGAAAUCGUCUCGAGAAAAAUGAAACGAAAUUAUUGAUUUUUCAUCCCUCAUUCAUGGGGAAAUAGCUCGAGGAUUCUUUGCGCUCUUUCUAUAAUGAAAUAACCGAAAACAGAAUUGUGUGGGGGGUUCGAGUCGAGUUUUGAUGGAAAUUUUUAAAAAGCUGACGGUGCAGUCGAUUUUUCAGGAUCUCCUUGACGAAAGACGUUGCCGAGGAUCGAUUUAGCGAGGUUUUGUAGACCCAAUAUAAUGUCGUUCAGUGAGACAAUAAAAAAAUGUUUGCAAAGAGAAAAUGGAUUGGAAACUUCGAUGAACAAAGGUCCCAAACUCCUGCGCCUUUUUUCCCAGAUCCCUCGCUCUCCUAGCCCUAGUGAAUCCUCCCAAACGUCGGAAAUUUCGUCGUCGAGAGCUGGCGAAAAAACGAAAUUGUCGCGGGGGAUAAUGGAAGGCCGGGAGGACACGAGCAACGAGCUGAUCGGAAGGAUAUUGAGCGAGAAAACUUGGAAGAAGGCGAGUCGCAGAAGGAAUAUUUAAAAUCGUAUAAAUUUUAAGACUUUACUUGAAGAUUAAUGAGAGAAAAAUUCAUUUGUCAGAAUUCCAAAGUCGCUUUUUCGGGAGUCAAUCAAUCGAAUACGCUGCAAUUGUUUUCGACGGAAAGUACGCGAGCGAUGCCGGCAAAUCGAUUUUUCGUUCGCGAAACUCGUCCCUCAAAAUCGGAUGAGAAUCGGAACUCGAGCACUUUCAGCUUCGGCUACGGAGCGAAAGCUCUCGCGAGCGCGGCGCAAAAGAUUUAUCUGAAAAACAAUCACCCCGAGAUCGCUGAUUACGAGCGUGACAAAGAAAACUCCUGGGAGUACAAAAUAAUUCAGCAAACAUCGGCCAGUACUGUCGAGAAGAAAAAAUCCCGAUUGUACCAUCCAGGAGGGUCGUUGAAAUACAGCAGACCAGAAAUGAGCACCAGCCUCAAGAGCCCCGAGUAUUAUCAGGGAUUUUCCUUCGUUUAUCCCGGGACUGGAGACGCCGCUGCGGCGGCUGGUCUCGAAAAUUUACCGACAAAUUGAUCCAACGUCAUCGCAGCCUUUGCUUCUUCGAUUGCA